AUGGACAAAAUCAAGCCUCCCAAGAAUUUCACCCUAUCUCGGGAGAGCAUGAAGGCUGCCUUGGGCGCCUUCCGAGCUGGGCGGUUUAUGUCUAAAGCCACUCAGGAUGUGGCCCAGGUCAUCUCCUCUAGGUCGGCCGGCCGAUCUGCUCACCCAGCUCCAGCUUCUUCUCGAGCUCCUAAGCUGAGCUCCCGGGGUGUCCGGACCUCCAAGCCCUCCAGCCGCAGCAGUUCUAGCUCCCUUCCUCGAUCUUCUCAGGCCACUGGGUCCCAACAGGCCGCCACUACGAGGACGAAAGUUGCACCAAAGAUUACUGACAGGCCAGCUGAGGAUCCUGGGCACGUGAGGGCGGGUGCUGCCUCGUCUUUUGGGGAUGCCCCUGAGGAGAGGUUUGAGGUUUCUCUAGCUGGUGGUAGGGCUCCCGAAGGUGAAGUGGAGAUCGGCCCAGCAGGUGAAAAUGUCCAGGAAGCUGCCAUCGAAGCUGCCCCUGUUGAUAAGGGCAUUUCUGUGGAGGGGGCUGAGUCUGAGCCAGUGAUGGGCCUCUUUAUGGAUGUGGACGCCCGUGACCGAUCUCUUCGGGACACUGUGGAUCAUCGGAUUGAGGAGGCGCGCCAUAAGGAGAACCUUUCCGCGACUAGUGAUGCCCGAGGUCAUCUUGCCACAGCCCAAGAGCACUUAAAGACUCUAAAAGGGGAACUUUCCUACACCGUGGAGGCUCUCAAGAGGGCUGAUGAGAAGGCGGUCGAAGCGGAAACUCGUCGCGACAAGGCCUUAGAACAGCUGUCCUCCCUGAGGGAGGUUUGGCGGGAGAGGGAUGAGGCUGUGGGCCAGAGGAAUGAGGUCUGGCAUCAGUACCAGGCCUUGAAAGCAGAUUUUGAGGGAGCUCAGGGUCGUUAUGACACAGUAAUGGCUCAAAGGGAUGAGGCCUUAGCUCGGAUAGUGGUUCUCGAGCAGGAGCUGAGCAAGCACGCUGAUACCUUGAAAGACUUGACUUUGGUAGCAGAGGAGUCAAAACUUCAGAAUCAACAACUCUACCAAGAGGUCAAGGAAUAUAGGGGGUCUGCUGAACUGAGAGCAGAUAUUGAUCAGGCUUGUCAAAGGCGCUUAUUAGAGUAUAAAGGCUCCUCGGAGCUGAAAGCAGAAAUAGAGCAGGCCUGUGAAGAUCGUCUUCAGCUUUAUCAAGAUUCCUCUAAGUUGAAGGCAAAGAUAGAAGAGGCCUGUGAGGCGCGGCUUGCGGAGUUCAAAGCUUCUGACGAGCUAAAAAAUGAGAUAUGGCACAGGGGAUUCCGCAUGUUUGCCUCCGGGUUCAAUAGGGGCUUGAAGGAAGCCAGGGAUGACCCCUCCACCCCAUUAGCACGGCUCCAAGCCCCUGAAGUGGACUCUGAUGGUGAGGAGGUGUGUUAUGGGGAGGAUGAUAACCCUCUGCCCAAAGGAGCUUCUCAUACUGCCACUGGGCCCUUUGAGGAGGACGCUGAGCUUGAGGAGGGAGAGGAGAAGGAAACUGCCGAGCCUGAAGAGAGCGAUGCCAGGCUCCAAGGAGAAGAUGCCAAGUCCUCUGGGGAAGAUGCUGGACCCCAAGGAGGGGAGAUAGUCCCCUUUAUGGGUGUUGGGGGGUCAGGACAAGAGAGUACUGGGCUCCCCAAGGAUAGCAGUGUAGAUAAUAUAAAUGAUGAUAUAAUAAAUAAUGUGAGUCCUCUACGGACAAUCUUUCCUCCCGUAGUCAUAGAUGAUUAA